AUGUCUAAUCAAACAGCUGAAAUUGCCAUUGACAUUCUUCAGAAUAUGCGUAAAGCAAAUGACUCAUUACGUCAGGCUUCAGUAAAAAUACAGAGUAUGGAAGAUAAAUUAGAUAUUAGUGAUGCCUCUCUUCAACGUGCUAUGUGUCGAAAAAAAGUAAAUAUUAUCUUUUAUACAGUACUUAUAGUUGGAUUUUUAGUACUUGGUGUCUAUGCUACUUGUAAAUUCUAUUUUAAAGUUGUGCAACCAUAA